UGUUCCUCCAAUUAUUGCUAGAAGCAUCUUACAGCUACUUCAUACCGACCACGUCUAUUGGCCACGUCUAUUGAAUCAUUAUGAGCACAUUCUUAAACGAAAAAUCCCUCCCCCAUCUCCCAGUUCCGACCCUUACGUCAACUGCCGGUCAAUUGAUCGAUGCAUUAUCCCCGCUUGUCACUUCAGAGGAAUUAUUAACCCUCAAGGAAGACUCCAAGGAAUUUAUAACCAACCCAUUAAUCUCCCUUAUUCAAAGGCAUCUAAUCACCGCAUCCCAAAACCCGGACCAUUCAUGUUAUCUUAACUCAAUCAAUGAUGAAGUCAACCCGGGGAUUUACGGAGAAUUGAAUAACGACAUUUUACCCCGGAAUCCAUAUUUGGUCUUGGAAGAAGAUCCAUACCUGCAAACCAUUAACCCGCCAAACCAAGCACAAAGAGCAUCCUCCCUCAUCAAUUCAUCCCUCAAAUUCAUCCUAUCCUUGAGAAAUGAAACCCUUAAACCUGAUGUUACUCCGAAAAAUGGGAAUCCAUUAACAAUGAAUUGUUAUAAAAAUUUAUUUGGUACCUCGCGAAUUCCGGCCGAAAAUCACGUGACCAUUAAGAGAUUCGACCAAAAUGAUAGUAAUCAUAUAAUGAUAAUUUGUAAUAAUCAAUAUUAUAAAUUGGAAGUAAUAAAGAGUAAUCAAAGGGUUGAUGAUGAUGAUGUGGAUGCAUCCUCAUUUUCCGGGAAUAUAUGGUUCAAUAACCAUGAUUUAUCACUUGUUCUCGAGGAAAUCGUGACCGAGGCCACCAAAAUUGAUACCAUUGAAUCGGUCAAUAGUUCAAUUGGAUCUAUUACAACCCAAACUUUCAAAGUAUGGAAGCAAGCACGUGAAGAAUUACAAAAUUCUAAUCGAGAACUCUUGGAAACAAUCGAUCUGUCGUUAUUUGUAGUGGUUUUGGAUUCGGUUAAUUCCCCAGAAACUGAUCAAGAAAAGACCUCGGUGAUUUCUCAUGGACUGUCGAAUUUGUUACAUGGCACCAACAUACAAACUGGAUCGUGUACAUCUAGAUGGUACGAUAAACUCCAACUUAUCGUGACAAGGAAUUCCGUGGCAGGGGUUGUAUGGGAACUGGCUCUGAUGGAUAGUACGGCCAUUCUUCGGUACAUCAGUGAUAUUUACACAGAUCUGAUUCUUAAACUUGCCAAGGAUAUCAAUGGAGCAGAGUAUACCUUGUUUGAUCUGAAUGUGACGAAAUUUGUAAGUAGUAAGGACAAUGAAAAGAAACCUGUACCCAAGAAAUUGGAAGUCCAUAGAACUCCUGAAUUGCUCCAUCUCAUCCAUUUGCUGGAAACUCGGCUUGCCGACUUGAUCCACCAGCAUGAAUACAAGAUGUUGACCAUCAAGUUGGAUGGCCAUUUAGUCUCGAAAUUUAACUUGUCUGUGGAUCUGGUCUUACAGGUUUGUUUACAAAUCACCAACUAUACGUUGUAUGGGAAAUUGGUCAAUACUUUGGAACCCAUCACUACCCGUAAAUUCCGUGAUGCUCGUACGGAAUUGGUCCCAGUUCAAAGCGAAGCCGUUGCGCAAUGCUGCAAGACAUUCAUCAGUAAUGACGACAUCCAGGUCAAAUGGAAACGGUUCAGAGAAUGUUGCGAUGCCCAUAGUAGACAGUAUCUAGAUGCCAUGCAAGGACGAGGGUUUGAAAGACAUUUCCUCAGUUUGGUCCAUUGUAUCCGAAGCAGUGAAGCAGUAGAUUUUUUAAACGAAUUAAAUAAAGACGUCGAUGGGUUGCCUCAGAUCCCACAGUUCCAUCAUGAGGGUGGGUCCUCCGCCGCGGGGUUAAUCCCGCCACUUUUGGCAAACCCGUGUAUUGACAAGCUCUCAUCCCCUGAGUUGCUCAUUCUGAACUGUGGGAACCCGGCAUUGCAUCUCUUUGGGAUCACUCCAGCCAUUGACCAAGGGUUUGGUAUUGGAUACAUCAUCCAUGCAGACCGCGUGAUUGUCACUGUAUCAUCGAAACACCGUCAAACCGACCGGUUUCUAGCCACCUUCAAGCACGUUGUGCACGAGGUCAAGUCCAUAUUACACCAGCAGGAUAACUUGUUGUACACCACGGCAGAUACCGAGGCAAGGAAAAAUGAAUUGGAACAGUUGAGAAGGGAGAAAGAUAAUGGAUCUGACUCGUUACCACCAAAACGUAAAGGUUCAACCUCUCGUGGCCAAGCCAUCCCACUCACAAUCGCAUCCAACCCGAUUCCUUAUUCUCCACAUGGUACUUCGCCCACGUCUACCCUCAGCGAUGAUGUCAAGCAAGGAGAUGAUUAUGAUGUGUUUGGUGGGUAUGGAUACUUUGACUUUGGAGAGUUGGAUCAUCGGUCGGAUAUCCUCUCACACAAUUCUUCGUACAUGAACUCGGAGAUCUCCAUUUCUUUGAAUUCUGCAUCCACUUCGACGUCUAGAUUGCAGUCAAGACACCAUUCGUCGACCAAUUUACACAAGAUGGCUGGGGGACCAGAAGAUUUGAAACAAAAGAUUUCGUUAUCGGAGAGUAUUCGUGAUAGAUUGCAAAGUACCGAGUCUUUCCACUCGUCUAUUGAGCCGGAAGUCGAACACAAACCUAGAAGUCAAAUCGGCAGGGCCCUUGACAUGUCUUGGUUUAAACGAUAAGGUAGUCCAUACAGAAUAUUUAUAAACAUAAAAA